CUGUUUGCACGCUAUGUAGCUGCACUUUCCGCAUCAAGCAUAAGCAAAUGUCCACAGCUCGCUGCGCGUGCCUCCGGACCAGCGGGUGCCUAUGAUUUGCGUCCAGAUGAUAUCAAAGUAAUUGGUGCCAUGGGUGAUAGUAUUAUGGCUGGUUAUGGUCUUGAAGGUAUCAAUGAUGGUCGUGGUGGAUCUGGCCUCCUGAAUUUAAGCGCUAUUACUGAAUACCGUGGCAAGAGUUGGGCUAUUGGUGGGGACGAUGGUCAAGUUACGGUUGCAAAUCUCGUCAAGCACUAUAACUCAAGUCUCGAAGGUCCUGCAGUAGGAAAGCAUUUACUUUCCCUUUGCCCUGGUAUGAAACAUGAAAUAUAUUACCCCAAUAUUGAUAUCUUGAAUGCCGCAAUCAGCGGUGCCAUCGCCAAAACCUUGAAUGCUGAACUGGAUUAUCUUAUUUCUCGAAUGAAGGAGCUUCCAAACGUGAAUUUUCAGACAGACUGGAAGAUGAUUACCAUCCAGAUCGGAAGCAACGACCAAUGUAAAUCAUGUUCGGAUGAUGAAAGUGCCGAUGUUACUCCUGAUGCAUACGCCGGCUAUGUUGAGGCCGCUAUCGAGCGCAUUCGAAAGGAAGUCCCACGCGUUCUUGUCAACCUUGUUGGUACCUUCAAUGUCUCCGGUUUAUAUGAUCUGACAAUGGGUCAAGAUUACUGUCGCCCAUUCCUCAACGAUCCUGACUGGAUUUUGAAUCGUAUUCUGUGCUCCUGCUUCCGGGGAUCAGAAAAAGACCGUGCCUAUAUGGAUGUAUUAUCUGUUCAAUACAAUGAAAAAUUGUACAAAAUCUACGAAAAGUACAAGAUACAGCAAUCUGAAGGCUUUGCGAUCACUUACACACCCGCUCGUCUCAACGUUAAUGGUUUUCCUUUGGAGACAUUGAGCAAUAUCGACUGCUUCCAUCCCGGAAAACUUGCACACGAGUGGAUUGCAAAGAUUUACUGCCCCACUGAAGACGACAGAAUC